UGAAAAUAAGUUAAGAAUUUUCUCGUGUGACAGGAUGUGUCGUGCUAAAAGUUAAGAUUUUGUUAGUGUGAAAAGUUAAGAAUUUUCUCGNUGUGACAGGAUGUGUCGUGCUAAAAGUUAAGAUUUUGUUAGUGUGAAAAGUUAAGAUUUUUCUCGUGUGACAGGAUGUGUCGUGCUAAAAGUUAAGAUUUUGUUACUCUGAAAAGUUAAGAAUUUUCUCGUGUGACAGGAUGUGUCGUGUUAAAUGUUAAGAUUUUGUUAGUGACAGAAUGUUUAUGCAUUACUCUAUAAUAAAUUAAGAUUUCUACGUCUUUUAGUAAAGACAAAAUUACAUAGUAAUAUUAAAAUUGAUUUUACUGAAAGAAUUGAUUUUACUUUGAAGAUAAGAAUUCAACCAAUUACUCAGUUGCUCAAAAUGAAAGAUGCAAGAGAUGCUUCUUCAUCUGUUUCAACUGUAAAGGAUCAAACUUUGGUGAAAAAAACUUUACACAACAACAAAGCUGGUCAAAUCUUGAAGUUCAACACUUUCCAGGAAACUACUGUUGCCAUUCAAGAUUUUGAAACAGAAACUGUCACCAAGUUUGUUUUCUUAAAAAAGGAAAAAAAUGAUUUAACCAUAAGUAGAGUUCAAUGGGAUACACAAGAAAGAAUUCCAUUUGUUGUUAAGUCAUACACAAAAUAUGAAUGUCAACACGGAAAAGACCGAAAUAAAAACAGGAAUUUAAAACGACAAACCCAGUUUAAAGGUCCAGCUGACCACAUGUAUGAAGCAAAAAAAUACCUUUGUGUGCAAGGAUCAAAGAAAAUGAAUUGCACUGCUCGUUUAAAUAUUCGAGAAAUUCUCAUUUUUCCGGAUCAAAAGGUUAAUUCAGGAGCAGAUGAAGAAAAACGGAGAGUGUCAAAACAUUUAAAGACAGUUGGCUUUUCAUCUAUUAAAAAUAGUACAUGUCGUUUUAUUGUACUGUUUCCCUCUAUCCAUGAUCACAGUGGACAUCCUGUUGGAGAGGCUGCAGGCAUCCAACAACGAGUGGAUAGUAGAGUGAUUGACAAAGUCGGAGAACUAAUCGAUGACCGUGUCUGCUCCAUCAUGGAAAUACAACGUCAUUUAAAAGUAUUUGUGGUCAAAGAACUGUUCAAGAAUGCAACGCCUCCACUGCAAAGUAACAGAAGAUUUUUUCCGACUAAAAAAGACAUCAGCAAUCACUAUUAUAAUGCUUAUACAAAACGAAAGUUGUCAAAAAUUGACCAAGCAAAUGUACAAUUGCUGGUUGAUGAGUGGUCUUGUAAGUCGCCUAAAGACAACAUUGUCUUCAGACCAUAUAUUGCCAGUGGUUGUCCCAAACCAUUACAUGAAGAAAUUGGCAAUGAUGACAUUACUGCAUUAGAUUCAAAACAAACAUUGUUGUUUAUAUACCAGACAGCAUGGCAGAAACGACUUUUGCUUCGUUAUGGCCAAGAUAUUUGUCUUCUGGAUGCAACUUAUAAGACAUCAAAGUACGCACUGCCAUUGUUCUUCCUGUGCAUAAAGACCAAUGUCAAUUAUCAAGUUGUUGCAUGUUUUGUGACACAAAAUGAGCGUCAAUCUGACAUCACAGAGGCUCUUGAAAUGAUAAAGAUCUGGACACCUGAAUGGAACCCAAAAUUUUUCAUGACCGACAAAUGUGAAGCUGAAAUAAAUGCAGUGGAAGCUACUUUUCAAGAUUGUAAAGUUCUUCUUUGUGACUUCCAUCGAGAACAGGCGUGGGAAAGAUGGGUCAAGAAAACAGAUAAUGGUGUUGGAGACAGAAAAAAGGCAGUUUUAUCUGGCUUACGUGCAGUAGCGAAAGCAGAAAGUCAGAAUGAGCUCAAAAGUGCAGUAGAUUCACUUACAGAUAGUGAAUUUUAUACAGACAAUCCAAAACUACAAAUGUACUUUAACAAUGCCUGGUGGCCACAAAAAGAGGUCAUUUAUUUUUCUAGCCAUAUUAAAAACUUUGCAUGUUUGAUUAAGUACUAUUUUAUCUGUGGGCUAAUAAUCUAAUAUGUAUUAUUUCCUUACA